UGAUACGCACAGUGAACUGCUUCGGCCUAUCGUAUCGCGAUGCAUUAUAAUUCGAUGUGCAACAUGUAAUCACGGUGGCAAGGGAAUCAGAGGAAACACUCGGCGUAUCCGGUGAGAUAAAUUACCCCCCCAGGGGUGGGGUCAACUGAUCGCUGUCAUUUACGUUUAACAAGUUGAUAAGUAAUGCCAAUCGCGUGAGGGGCGAUCAAGCAACGCGGUCAUGGCUCGACCCAUCGUGCCGAGCCAGCAGAAGCUGGCCGAGAAAUUGACCAUCCUGAACGACAGAGGUAUAGGUAUGUUAACACGUAUUUACAAUAUCAAGAAGGCCUGUGGUGAUGCCAAGUCGAAGCCCGCCUUCCUCUCUGACAAGGCGCUGGAGUCUUCUAUCAAGACAAUCGUCAGGAAGUUCCCUAACAUCGACAUUAAAGGGCUGCAGACCAUUAUGAACAUUCGUAAUGAGAUUAUCAAGUCUCUGUCAUUGUACUACUAUACGUUCGUUGACCUGCUAGACUUUAAAGACAACGUGUGCGAACUUUUGACUACUAUGGACGCGUGUGGCGUCCACAUGGAUAUUACAAUUAAUUUUGAUUUGACCAAAGGUUAUCUAGAUCUUGUAAUCACGUACGUCAGCCUGAUGAUUCUCCUGUCGCGAGUCGAGGAUCGUAAAGCUGUGCUGGGACUCUUCAAUGCGGCUCACGAGAUGGUGCACAGUCAGUCGGAUCCCAGCUUUCCUCGCUUAGGACAGAUGAUUAUGGAUUAUGAUGCUCCGUUGAAAAAACUUUCUGAAGAAUUCGUGCCGCAUUCUAAAUUGCUGAAAAAUGCUCUAACUUCGUUGUGGCCAGUGUAUCCUGGUAGAAACUUGUCUGCUGACACGUGGAGAGCUGAUCAGAAAUUAAGUCUUGUUGGUAGUCCUGGGCAAAUAUUAAAAGCAGCAGCAACAGAUACCAUGUCCUGCGAGACAUUGAGCUUGGAUAGAAUCGAGAGAUGGGUGAUUCUUGGAUUUACGCUUUGUCACACGUUUUUGAGCCAGGAACAACCAAGCAAACUGUGGAUCACUGCUUUAGAAUCUGGAUGGGUAUUAGCGUUGUUCAGAGACGAGGUGAUUUACAUACAUCAGUAUAUUCAAACAUUCUUCGAAGGUAUGAAAGGAUAUGGAAAACGGGUAUCAGAGGUGAAAGAAUGUUAUAAUCAAGCAGUACAAAAAGCUGGCUAUAGACAUAGAGAAAGAAGAAAAUUUUUGAGGACUGCUCUGAAGGAAUUAGGUUUAAUUUUGACAGACCAGCCUGGUCUUCUGGGACCGAAAGCGCUGCUGGUAUUAAUGGGUCUUUCCCAUGCGAGAGACGAAGUCUUGUGGCUGUUGAGACACGGAGAUAAUCCUCCUAUUCAAGGUAAAGCCAAGGGACGAGGUGGCGAGGAUUUGGUGGAUCGUCAAUUGCCAGAAUUGCUCUUCCAUUGCGAGGAAUUACGAGCGCUAGUAAAAAAAUAUUCUCAGGUGCUUCAAAGGUAUUACGUCCAAUUUCUUUCAGGAUUCGAUGCCCCCGCUUUACAUCAGAUGAUACAAAAUCUUCCGGUUUGCCCGGAAGACGAGGGGGCUAUUCUUAGUGAUAUGUGUUCAACUAUAGCUAGUCUGACCGUAAAGCAGGUCGAGGACAAUGAAUUGUUUGAUUUCCGUGCCUUUCGAUUGGAUUGGUUUAGGCUGCAGGCCUAUAUGUCUAUUGCGAAAUGCAAUAUGAAUCUGGCUGAUAAUAGAGAAUUAGCUUCUUUCAUGGAUACUGUAAUCUUCCACACGAAAAUGGUUGACAAUUUGGAUGAGAUGUUAGUCGAGACGUCUGAUUUAUCUAUCUUCUGCUUCUACAGCAAAAUAUUCGAGGAUCAGUUUCACAUGUGCCUCGAGUUUCCUGCCCAGAACCGGUAUAUCGUUGCCUUCCCGCUCAUAUGCAGUCAUUUUCAAAGUUGUACCCACGAGCUCUGUCCGGAGGAACGUCAUCACAUUCGCGAGAGAAGCCUUUCCGUUGUCAAUAUGUUUCUGGAUGAAAUGGCCAAAGAAGCUAAGAAUAUUAUCACGACUAUUUGCGACGAGCAGUGCAACAUGAGUGACAAAUUAUUGCCGAAACACUGCGCUCUAUUAAUUUCACAAGUUGUUAAUCGUAAGAAGAAGGAUAAGAACAAGAAGAACAUGUACGAGAUUCACAAGCCUGGUAUAGAGAGCUAUCGGAAAACUCGGGAGGAAUUAACGACGAUGGACAAGCUGCACAUGGCUCUUACCGAGCUGUGUUAUGCCAUUAAUUACUGUCCUACUAUUAAUGUCUGGGAGUACACCUUCGCGCCAAGAGAGUAUCUGCAUCAGCAUCUGGAGUCGCGAUUUGCUAGAGCGCUGGUGGGAAUGGUCAUGUACAAUCCGGAUACCAGCGAGAUAGCCAAACCGUCUGAGCUCUUCGUCAGUGUUAGAUCUUACAUGAAUGUUCUUCAAACCAUCGAGAAUUACGUGCACAUAGAUAUCACGCGGGUCUUCAACAACGCCCUGCUGCAGCAAACACAGGAGCUGGACAGUCACGGUGACAAAACUAUAGCUGCACUCUAUACGCAAUGGUAUUCGGACGUUCUGCUGAGGCGAGUAAGCGCCGGUAAUAUUUGCUAUUCGGCGAAUCAACGGGCGUUCGUCAGCUUGUCGGUUGAAGGUGCUAUACCCUUUAACGCCGAAGAGUUCUCCGAUAUUAAUGAACUAAGGGCACUAGCAGAAUUGAUAGGACCAUACGGUAUGAAGAUGUUGAAUGAGAACUUAAUGUGGCAUAUCGCCAGUCAGGUACAACAGUUGAAGAAAUUGGUGGCCGGCAACAAGGAUGUGCUGAUUUCUCUGAGAACGAAUUUCGACAAGCCGGAAGUGAUGAAGGAGCAAUUUAAGAAGCUACAACACGUGGACAACGUUCUUCAACGAGUUACUAUAAUAGGUGUCAUUCUCAGCUUCCGACAGUUGUCACAGUCAGCUCUGGUCGACGUGUUGGAGGAACGUAUACCGUUUCUGUUGAGCUCUAUAUUGGACUUCAGACAUCAUCUGCCAUCCGGCGAUCCUAUGCGCGUCGUCUCCGAGAUGACGUCGGCCGCAGGCUUGACUUGCAAAGUCGAUCCCACUUUGACGACAGCACUGCGAAACCAGAAAGCUGAAGUCGACGAGGACGAGCACCUGCUUGUUUGCUUGUUGAUGGUCUUCGUAGCGGUUUCCAUUCCGAAAUUGUCUCGGAACGACAAUUCCUUUUACAGAGCGUCGCUCGAAGGCCACUCCAAUAACAUACAUUGCAUGGCUACAGCAAUAAAUAAUAUAUUUGGAGCAUUGUUUACGAUUUGUGGACAAAAUGAUAUAGAGGACAGAAUGAAGGAGUUUCUCGCUCUGGCCUCGUCCAGCUUGUUAAAAUUAGGGCAAGAAGCGGACAAGGAAGCAACUCGAAACAGAGAGUCCGUGUAUCUUCUGCUCGAUCAAAUAGUUCAAGAAUCUCCAUUCCUGACGAUGGACUUGUUGGAGAGUUGUUUUCCAUAUGCACUGAUACGCAAUGCAUAUCACGAUGUGUACAAACUUGAGCAUUCGCAGCCGUGAAUUUAAUAGCGAAAUUGCGAGGUGCUGCAUUUAUAACUUGCCACUCAGGGCCACUUUUUUUACGUCCACUUAUAACAUCGGAAGCAAUUGUGAAGACUUUGCUAUUAUAUAUCUGGCCGAAUGAUAACUUUCCGGAUAGGAUUAGUUUUCGAUUAGUAUCGCUGAAAAAGUACAAGCAUAUGUCAGCGAAAGUAUGAGAGAGUGGUAAAUGCAUACGAAUGUUCAAGGGUCGAUAAAGUUAUCUACAAAUUAUUUCUCGAUAUUUCAACAGAACGGUAAAGCUUGCGGCAUUGUAAUACACUUUAGCCAUUUUCUCUUUGCUUGUGACAAAAACCGC